AUAAAAGUCUCUCAAUUUCAUUUUCUUUACUUUUUUGGAUAUUCUCCCUUCCACAAAUUUCUCUUAAAAAAAAAUCAUAAUUCCUAACAUUCUGGACCUUUGUGGUUUAUUAGAAGCCACAAAUUAAGUUGAACCAAACAAUUAAACCCUCUGAGAUCUUAUGGUAUUUGUUGAUCACACAUGUCCCCAGAUAAUAAUGUUUUUUUGUGUGUUUUUUUCCGUUCCCAAUAAAAGGUAGAGAAUCCAUACUUCUUGUACGUCCGUACUAUCUUAAUAGAGUAGUGUCCAGCUAACUUUCCAUGCCGCAGUUCAAGGCGGAACGCUCAUCCUACGUUGAGCCACUUCUCUCCGGUACCACAACUUUAGCUGGUUUCAAGAAGAAAGCACUAAAAUGGUUUCUGAAGACAGUGAUGUGGCUCGUUUUCAUUUCAUGGCUAGUUUUCAUUUUCCUCUCCUCAUUGCAGUAUGGGAAUGCACUCGUGGAGAAGUGGUCUCAAGAGACCACUGAAACUUUUCUCGGCAUAGAAGGAGCAUGGCUUAUGCUAUUCAGUAGCCCUGUUGUGGUACUAGCACUACUCUCCGUGCCACUUCUCCUUAUUUCCGGGGAAGAAGAGGAGAUGAUGAAAGAGAAGACAAGUGAUGGAAAUGAUGAGCCUAGAUGGCGGUUGUGGACGUUUCCAGUGGUGGUGGAUGGACCCUUGGGGGUUGUUUCAGCCGCAGAGGUAAUCGGGAUCAUGAUGUUUAUUGCGUAUCUCAUUUGGUCUGCCAUCCUUUUUACCUACCGCAACCUUCUCGAGGUCCAGUCCAGUGGUCUUGAUCUCGAACACAGUGCUGUAAGGAUGAUGGAACUUAGUUCGGCAUCGGUAGCAAGAAUUGGGAUAUUUUGCUGGGCAUUUUUGUGGCUCCCAAUUGCAAGGGGGUCCCUUCUCCUCCAACUUCUAGGUAUACCUUUCGAGCAUGCUUGCAGAUAUCACGUAUGGCUUGGUCAUCUCACAAUGUUCAUCUUUACUCUCCAUGGACUCCUUUAUAUAAUUGCUUGGUCAAUAGAUGGAGUUCUUCUUGAGCAAAUACGUAAGUGGCAAUCCAAUGGCAUUGCUUAUUUACCAGGCGUUAUCCUUCUUGCCAUUGGCCUUUUAAUAUGGGCAACUGCACUUCGUCCAGUGAGGAAGCAAUAUUUCGAGCUAUUUUACUAUACCCACCAUCUCUACAUAUUGUUUGUUAUCUUCUUGGCUUUGCAUGCGGGGCCACUGUUUUUAAGUAUAACAGCAGGAGGAAUUUUCCUUUUUAUGCUUGAUCGCUUCCUCAGAUUUUGUCAAUCACGAACCAGGGUUAGAGUCAUUUCGGUCACAUCAUUUCCCUGUAGAGUCGUCAAACUGGUGCUUUCAAAACCAAAAAAUCUUCGAUACAGUGCCCUUAGCUGCAUUUUCCUUCAAAUUCGAGAGGCUUCUUUGUUGCAAUGGCAUCCUUUCAGUGUAUCAUCUAGCCCUAUAGAUGACCAGCAAUGUUUAUCAGUUCUCAUUAAAGUUUACGGUGAAUGGACAGCAAAAUUAGUUCAUAAUUCUACAAUAACAGCAUCCGUGGAGGGUCCUUACGGCAGCCAGACACCCUACUAUAUAUUGUAUGAAAAGCUUGUGCUAGUAGCUGGCGGCAUUGGGAUUUCACCGUUCCUUGCAGUCUUGAGCGAUAUCUUGCACCGCAUUAGACAAGGAAAACCAUGUUUGGUAAAGCAUAUCCUACUUGUUUGGAGUGUCAAAAAAUCAAGUGAGCUUCUCCUCCUUUCCCAUCAGCUCGAUUUCAACUCCAUCUGUCCCAAUUUCUCAAGCAGGCUCAACCUCGAGAUUCUUAUACAUGUGACACAAGAAGAAGAACCUCCACCUCCACCACUUGAAGAAGGUGGAACAAUAGAUCAUAAGGACAUCAGCUUCGUCUGCCCUGUAUGUAGUAGUGGAAGUAGCAUGUCAACUUUGACGGGCUCAGGGAACACACUAUGGGUUGGACUAUAUGUAACAUCGGCGACAGUUGGGUUUCUUAUAAUACAUAGUUUGUUGCAUGUGUUCUACAUGAACCCCUAUAACCUAUACCAAGGAUGGUACCCAGGGAUCCUCCUUUUAGGUUGCCUUGCCUCCAGCGUUUUGAUUUUUGGAGGUUUGGUGCUUUGUGUCUGGCAUUGUUGCGGUGCUGAUGAUUUCAUUGAAACUGUACCGAAUGUGCCGAGUCAGGAAUCGCAAGAUACUGGCAUUGUCUCCGAGAUGCAUUACGGUUCAAGGCCAAACGUGAAAGAAAUUUUUAAUAACUUGGGGCAGCAAUGGGGAGAAGUAGAUGUUGGCGUGAUCGUCUGCGGUCCUCCAGGCCUUGAUUCGGAUGCUGCUAGAGAAUGUAGGUCUCUUAAUUUAGGCAGACAACGCCAUCAACCAAUCUUUCACUUCAACAGUCAUACUUUCGAUUUGUAGUUUCCUAAUUAAAGUCAAUAAUUUCGAAUCUUUCUCUUGUAGUUCCGUGCCCGGUUCAUUUCUUGUAAUUUUCAAUGGAAGUCAAUAAAUUUUCUUAUCCCUA